GGUUAGAAAGAGGGAAAAAAGUAGGAGAAAUAAUUACAAAAUCGAGUUAAAAUCACCACAAUAAGUGUGCAAAUAAACCUCUUAUCAGCACGUCAUUAUCAAACACCAAAUCAUCAUUAUCAUCAUUCAUUAGUAGCAUUACCCCUUCAAAUAGAGGAUUGACAUUCUUCUACUUUUAAGCGUUGACUUAUAAAGCAGCUCAAUAAAUAUGCCAGAGGUGCCGAUUAAAUAGAGUCCUUAUCUAACUUAAAAAAAAAAAGGAAAAACAAAAUUUCUCAAUCCAUCUCAAACUUUUGAAACAACAUUUCUAUUCUCUAAUCCACUCACUACUCAUACUAUAUUUUAGUACCAAAACGAACUGAAAUCCAGAAAAAGCAAUUGAAUCAAAAAAAAAAAAAAACAAAGAAAGAGAUUGGUUGGUAAGAACUCAGGCGCAAAAUAAAGGUGGAAGAUGCGCCGAAAAUGUUGUGGAAAGAUAUUACGAGUAGAGCAGAUGGUAAAUUACGCCCAAAUUCUUUCUCCCGUCGCCUUCGAUCUCGUCGCAUUUUUUCUCUCCAUCUUUCUAACUUCAAAGAAUUCGUUUCUCCUCAUCGUGGCGCCGUUAAUUCUCUCCAGGUUGAUUUAACAGAGGGGAGAUAUUUGCUUUCUGCUGCUUCAGAUGCAUCUGCUGCUGUCUUUGAUGUUCAACGUGCAUCAGAAUUUGAGGUUGGAGGCUCCGUUGCGAGGCACAAGUGCCUGUUUGUUAUUGAUAAACAGCACCAACAAGGACAUAAGUACGCUGUAUCCUCAGCCACAUGGUAUCCAAUUGAUACUGGGCUUUUCAUCACCGGUUCCUAUGAUCAUCACAUCAAUGUUUGGGAUACAAACACCACACAGGUAGUUAUGAAUUUUAAGAUGCCUGGAAAAGUUUACAAGACUGCCAUGAGUCCUAUUGCAACCUCCCAUAUGCUAAUAGCGUCUGGAACUGAAGAUGUUCAAGUUCGUCUUUGUGAUAUUGCUUCAGGGGCGUUUGCUCAUACAUUGUCUGGCCAUCGUGAUGGUGUAAUGGCAGUCGAAUGGUCUACAUCAAGUGAGUGGAUUUUAAUGACAGGUGGCUGUGAUGGUGCCAUACGUUACUGGGAUAUCAGACGUGCUGGGUGUUUUCUUGUUUUAGAUCAGGCCAAGUCUCAACUUGGCAGGCGGCAACCAUUGUUGGAACGUUCAGUUGCUGAAAAGGCAGCAAUAUCUAAGCCGAUGGGGCAGAAUUUUUCUGCAAAGAAUAGAGGGGAGCAGAAGAAAGUCUCUUCUGGAAACUCAAAGCAGAGACGCCAUCCUGGGAUGAUGUCAAGUCAAGAUCAUGCAACUGCACAUUAUGGUGCUGUCACUGGCUUAAAGGCAACUGAAGAUGGCAUGUACCUUCUCAGCGCAGGUUCUGAUUCAAGAUUAAGAUUGUGGGAUAUUGAAUCUGGAUGCAACACUUUAGUGAAUUUUGAAACUGUUCGCUUGCAAAAUAGCAAAGGGAUACAAUUUACCGUGGCUCAGGAUUCUUCUCUUGUGUUUGUUCCAUGCAUGACAUCUGUGAAAGCAUUUGAUCUUUGGUCUGGCAAAACAUCUCUUACUUUCCGUGCCCACUAUGAUAACGUUAAUAGUUGCUGGUUUAAUGCACAAGAUCAGGAGCUGUACACUGGUGGAAACGAUAGGCAGAUUCUCGUCUGGUCUUCAUCUGAAUUGUGCAGCGAUGAUUUGGAUAACAGGAGCAAGAACGGAAAAGGUCUCUUAAAAGAUGAUGAGGAUAAUUGGAGUGAUUAGAGAAGGCCAUUUGAUUGUAUUAUUUGUUUAGAUAAUCUACUAUAAUUUGUUUAGGUCUAUGCAUGAUAUGGCAUAUAAGUGUGUUAAACGGACAUGCUGUAUCACAUUUGUAAAAGGCCAAGUGUAAUGCUUCGUAAUUACGAGUAUUUGUUACAUUACUGAUCUGAGAAUGGUAAAUAUUGGAAUACAAAAUUAUCUGAGGGUCGGUAAUUCACAAGUUGUAAUGUAUCUAUCCCUUUACCUUCUUUAA